CGUGGUCAUUUUUCAUGCACUAUGUAUAGUGAUCAUGUGGGUCGUGGUUAGUAGUCUUCCUGAACACAAACACACACUUUGGUCUGAAUUCAAGCAUUUGCCAUGUUUGCACAUAAGAGAGCAGCUUUAACAACCAAUAGCAUCCAGUUUGGUUUCAGCUUUGGAACUUCCUCUAAAUUGUUCUCACAUCCAGUUUUAUGUGUGUGAAAGACAUUCUGAGAAAGACAGGGGAAAAGUGCAUUAAUGUGUCAGCUGUAUAACAACAACAAAAAAUGUCUCUACGAUGUUUGCUGUUGGUCGUCGUCUGCGUUGUGUUCAUCACCACAGAAGCUGUUUCAGGUCAAGAAGUGAAUGUAUUUGGUGAAGUCGGUGGUACAGUGUCUUUUGGUCCGACCAGCUUAAAUCCUUCUGUCAGCAGCAUUAUAUGGAAACACAGAAAGAAUGGUGGAUCUGUUAUGAAAGCGAUUGAAUGGGAUAUUGAAGAUGGUUUUUCCAUCCCGCAUCCGAGAUUCAGAGACAUCACGACUCUUGAUGAGAAAACUGGACAGAUCACUAUAACUCAUUUAAAUGCUGAACAUCGUGGACUUUAUGCCAUUGACAUCAACAGUAAAGAACAGGAACAAAGAUUCAAGUUGGAAGUGUUGGAGCCGGUCCCCAAACCUGAGAUAAAAAUAGAGAAGAUUGAAAUGAACCCUAAUGCUGUGUAUUUAAUAUGUGAGUACAGUGAAACAAUAAUCUGGAAGAAUUCAGCUGGAGAAACACUGAAGGGUUCACCCCAGAGUCCAAAAGGAGAAUUAAUCAAAGUUGAAAAACAAGGAAAUCCAGAUUUCUUCUACACAUGCACACUCGAGAAUGCAGUGAGUGAGAAAACCAGUGAUCCGGUCUAUGAGAGAAAUCUGUUUAAAGAUUUACGAGGAUUUGUUAUUUGGAUUGCCACUGUUUCAAUCAGCAUGGUUUUUAUCAUCCUUUUCCUGUUUAUACCACCUUGUUGUCACGCAAUAAGAGGCUGAUUCUGAAUCCCGGUUUUACUGAAACAACUGGAGCUCUAAACUAUCUGUUCCUUCAUAACUUUUACUGUUGCUUUUUGACCUCUGUGUCUGUUGGACUAUGCAGAUGGUGUUGAAACUUCAUCCUCCAGUUCUGAAUCUGCUGUUAUGUAUGCAAAUAUUUUAUUUUCAAAGGACAAG